AUGUUUCUCCCUAAAGAAAAAGUCAAGCCGCCUCGAAGCUUACGAUCAGCUCGACUUUCUGUUGUCAAGAAUCAGAUUUCAACACCUGUCAUACAAACGUCUGUUACAGCACCAAAAAAAGUCAUAAAAGCACUUUACGAUUACCAAGCACAAAGUCCUCAUGAACUCUCGUUCUUGAGAGGCGACUUCUUUCUUGUCAGUUCUGGAACUGAAAAAGACUCUAGUUUUUAUGAAGCAUUUAAUCCUAUCACCAACUCAAGAGGAAACGUGCCUGUCCAGUACUUUCAAGUCCUCGAAAAACAUGAGAAAGCCAUGGUCGAGUCAGCAAAGACGAAUCCAGAACCUCCACAGUUAGAAGAAAGAUCAGAUGAAUUGGAUGCCAAAGCAGGAGAACCCAUCAUUAUUAUUGCACAGUCAAAUUCAGAAUGGUAUGUCGCAAAACCAAUUGGCCGCUUAGGCGGACCAGGUUUGAUUCCUAUUUCAUUUGUGGAUAUUCGUGAUGCGUCUACAGGACGUACGGUCAAGAAUGAAUUGCCUCAAUCGUUUCCUAAUGUAGAGGAUUGGAAAAAAAAGACAUUGGGAUAUGAAGCUUCUAGCAUUGAAAUUGGCAGACAGUUACAAGAAAUGAGCAUCCAAGAAAGAGCAGAGGAAGAAGCAGAGGAAGAUCCAGUUGAUUAUUAUCAGUCCAAAGAUGAAGUUCUUGUGGUGUCUGCUCAUAUUGAUUCUUAUAUCUUGGAAGGUGAUCAAUACUGGUUUAUUGUGUUUGCAAGACUAUCUAAUCAAAAGCAUCGUGUCCUAUAUCGACUUUAUGAAGAUUUCUAUGAUUUUCAAAUAAACUUUUUACAAGAAUAUCCAAUGGAAGCCGGGAAACAAGAUCAAGAAAGAAUCCUGCCCUUUAUGCCCGGACCAUUAGACGCAGUAAAUGAUGAAAUUACAGCGGAUCGAGCUCGCGAUUUAUCAAAAUAUUGUGAUGAAUUACUUAAAUUACCAAGAUACUUGUCUUCAAGUACAUGGGUUCAGGACCAGUUGUUUGGCAUUCAUGAAGGUGAUAUAGAGACAGACAUUGAUCCAGCAACGGGCAACAUACCAACUACCACUUCUACUCCUAAUACUAUUAACACAUCUAAUCCUAAUAAUUAUUCCACCACGCCCACCACACCUACCACGCCAGUCAAAAUCAAGUACAAGGAUGAGAUUUUUGCUAUUAAAGUCCCUGUACCAAUCACAGUCGAGUUCCUGCGCGCUAAAAUCAUUGAUCGCAUAGGAUUCGAGGUUCAACUCUUUUAUAAGAAUGAUGAACUUGCACCUACACAAACUACUGGUUACAAGCCAGGAGAAAAGAAGUCUCUUCAAGAAUACCAAACUUUGGACGCUGAAGAUGAAUCCUUGAACAAAUGGAAAGAAUCUCUCGGAUUAAAUAAGUCUGACUCAUCUUUAUCCUAUUUAGCUGGCCCUCAUGACGAUCCUCGUAAGGUCAUUGUCGAAUACCUUGCUCUUGAGGUUCAAGGCCGUGAAGAUGUCAGAGUUGAUUUAUCUACUCCUCGUAAGUUUCAACACGAUGUUGUCUCUGGUCUCAAGUACUUGCAAGUAGUCAAGAGAAAGGGUAUCACAGUUGACAAGAUUGAAGAAAUGAUUGGUAGUUACGGUCCUGCAGCUGAAGCUUAUGAAAAGAAAUUCGCACCUGAAGAAGCUCCUUCAGGUAUGCUUGCUAGAGGUCACUAUGAUGCUAAGAGUAAAUUCGUUGAUGAUGAUGGUGUUACUCAUAUGGAAUGGAGCUGGUCUUUUGAUAUCAAGAAGGAUUGGUAA